AUGCCCGGCACUGCAGCGAGGCAGGAGGGCGACCGGAAUUUCCCAUCUCUCCUUCUCAUCAUUCCUUUCGGGAUUUCCCCUCCUGGUUCCCAUCGAUCAGAGGGCCCGGCGCUGUUGCCUUUCGCAUUCGAUUCCUUUCGGGUCGGAUUUGUGGCGGAGCUCUUGAUUUGCUCCGUCCCUGCCAGAGGAGGAGGGCUUGCUGGAUCAGGGAUCGAGCAAGGAAGCAGCCAUGAGCGGCGGCGGAAGCGUGAGUUUCCUCGAGAUCCAGCCGUCGGAGCUCGCAUUCCCCUUUGAGAUAAUGAGGCAGAGCUCGUGUUCCAUGCAACUGACCAAUAAGACUGACCAUUAUGUAGCAUUCAAGGUCAAAACAACCAACCCAAAGCAGUACUGUGUGCGUCCUAAUAUUGGUGUUGUAUUACCUGGCUCAACUUGCAAUGUUACAGUGACAAUGCAAGCACAGAAGGCUUCACCACCUGACAUGCAGUGCAAGGACAAGUUCCUAGUUCAAAGCGUUGUGGCCGAGAAUGGUGUGACAGCUCAAGAUAUUAAUGCAGCAAUGUUCAAUAAGGAGCCAGGGAAAGUUGUCGAUGAAUUCAAGCUGCGUGUGGUUUAUGUGCCAACAACUAUGCCCAACCCAAUCCCUGAAGAAUCUGAACUAGGGAGUUCCACUCCCUCAUUUUCACAAGAAAACGGGAUCGAUCAUUCCAUGACGCCACUAUCUGUAUCUAGAUCGUCUGCUGAAACAGCAAAGGAGAAGCCCUCUGAGGCAACUUCUGUGAUCUCCAAGCUAACUGAGGAGAAAAUGUCUGCUGUUCAGCAGAACCAGAAAUUACGCCAAGAGCUGGAGCUUCUACGGAAAGAGAGCAGCAAAACCGGCGGCGGUUUCUCCAUCACCUUCUUGUUUGUCGUGGGCCUCCUGGGCAUCGUCGUUGGCUACAUCCUCAAGAGAACAUAGUGGAACGGUGUCUCCAGCAGAUCUCUACUACUCCCAUUAAAGGACACCCACCCACCCCACAGGUGGGGUGGUAUGCCUCUCUCUCCCCAUGUGUUUUCGCUCCUAAUCGGAGCGCCCUGUUCUAACGUGUAACAACAGCAGCACUCCUAGAGGCUAGAGGCCUUCGGUUUGUGUACAUCAUUAUGGUGGUCCAUACUUAUUUUUUUUCUUCCAGAAUU